AUGCACGUUUAUCAGCCUCAGCAUCUAUACCAGCAGGAGGAGCCUCAGCACCUACACCAGCAGGAGGAGCCUCAGCACCUACACCAGCAGGAGGAGCCUCAGCACCUACACCAGCAGGGCCUCAGCCUCAGCACCUACACCAGCAGGAGGAGCCUCAGCACCUACACCAGCAGGAGGAGCCUCAGCACCUACACCAGCAUCAGAGGAGCCUCAGCACCUACAUCAGCAGGAGGAGCCUCAGCACCUACACCAGCAGGAGGAGCACCUCGGCACCUACACCAGCCUGGGCAGGAGCCUCAGCACCUACACCAGCAGGAGCCUCAGCACCUACACCAGCAGGAGGGCCUCGGCACCUACACCAGCAGAGGACCUCGGCACCUACACCAGCAGAGCCUCAGCACCUACAGCAGCAGGAGGAGCCUCGGCACCUACACCAGCAGGCCUCAGCACCCACACCAGCAGAAGACUCAGCACCUACACCAGCAGGAGCCUCAGCACCUACACCAGCAGGAGCCUCAGCACCUACACCAGCAGGAGGAGCCUCAGCACCUACACCAGCAGGGAGGAGCCUCGGCACCUACACCAGCAGGGCACCUACACCAGCAGAAGAGCCUCAGCACCUACAGCAGCAGGAGCCUCUGCACCUACACCAGCAGGAGGAGCCUCAGCACCUACACCAGCAGGAGCCUCAGCACCUACACCAGCAGAAAGAGCCUCAGCACCUACACCAGCAGGAGCCUCAGCACCUACACCAGAGGAGCCUCAGCACCUACACCAGCAGGAGCCUCGGCACCUACACCAGCAGGAGCCUCAGCACCUACACCAGCAGAAAGAGCCUCAGCACCUACACCAGCAGGAGCCUCGGCACCUACACCAGCAGGAGCCUCAGCACCUACACCAGCAGAAAGAGAGCCUCAGCACCUACACCAGCAGGAGCCUCAGCACCUCGCCUCAGCACCUACACCAGCAGGAGCCUCAGCACCUACACCAGCAGGAGCAGCACAUACACCAGAGCCUCAGCACCUACACCAGCAGGAGCCUCGGCACCUACACCAGCAGGAGCCUCAGCACCUACACCAGCAGAAAGAGCCUCAGCACCUACACCAGCAGGAGCCUCAGCACCUACACCAGCAGGAGGAGCCUCAGCACCUACACCAGCAGGAGCCUCAGCACCUACACCAGCAGGAGCCUCAGCACCUACACCAGCAGAAAGAGCCUCAGCACCUACAGCAGCAGGAGGAGACAGGAGACGCUUCGUAUUUAUUCUCACUGGCAUUCCUCGGUGCUACUUGA